GAAGCAAGGAGGUUUACACCUAUUGCGAACUUCUCAUACCUGCGAUCGGGUUCGUUGCACUGCCAUCACUCUCUACGUGAUCCCAUAAGAGAGGUCAACCACGACAGCAACGCAGAGAGCAACAGGAGCAAACAAAUUGCAGCAACAAUGAGCGCCGAAGGUAACAAAACCGCACCGAGUGUCGCGAAGCCACCCACUUCACGGUCGCCGUCCCCUUCGCCCCUCUCCUCAGACGAUGGCAACGACCGCAACACCUACUCCAUCAGUCAAAGCCUCUUCGACGCAUUAGUGGCCAGAGGAUUUAGCGAGAAUGCGAUAAAGAAGUCUAUUGUGGCGGGCUGCGUCGAUGAGUCGACCUGCACGCAGUGGAUCCAGUUGCACGAGGGCCACCCUGAGCUCGACACCCCGAUGGAGCCUGGCGUCGAGGUGGUGGUUAAGGCGAAGCGCAUCCUGACGGAGGCGGAGCGUGAGGCCAAGGUGAAGGAGCUACAGGAGCGCGCAAAACAGAAGAAGGAGGCGGAAACGAAGGAGCUGCAGCGGAAGGAGCGGGAGCGCCUCGACAUGAUGCGCAAGAUGGCACACAUGAAGAACGAGAUGGAGGACGUGCGACGCAAGAUGGACAUCGACGAGGCCCGCCGCGAGAAGGCGGCUGACUUGGAGGCGCGGCGCCGUGUUAAAAUACAGAUCGUCGCGGAUCGCCUGCAGCGUAAAGGGAUGUCGAAGGACGAGGCCUACGCGACGGCGGAACGAGAGUUUGAGGAGGCCGCAGAGCGUGGGCGGGCUGAGGCCGCGGAGAAACUGGCGAAGCUGCAGGAGGCGGCGCAGCCUUCCACGGCAAAGUCAACAAGCGCGCCCGCGGAGGACGGUGCGGCGGGUGUGUGGGACCUCUCUGCGAUCACGGCUGCCGCUUCUGCUGAGGCGAAAUUGGAUACCGUCUUUGCUGGUGCCACUCCCGCCAGCGCGGAGGAGCUCGUUGCGAGCAUCCAGCAGCACACGCCGGCUGCACAGAGCGAAGAGUGCGUGCGCACGCUGCGCCUCAUUCUGAGCAACAUCAUCACGGACCCCUUUGACAUUAAAAAGCGAACGUUGCGGGUGUCGACGAAGGCGUUUCGAGAAGCUGUCCUUCCCAUUGAGGACGCGACGCAGCUGCUGCGCUGGUGUGGCUUUGACCUUUCCACCGAUGCCACCGGAGGACACACGAUUUGCCUGUCAACUGUGCUGAUUCGGAAGUUGCGUCAUGCCCUCGCACUUCUUUCUCGUUAG